AUGAAGAGUGCCAAGAAAGAGAAUAAGCCUACUUUUACCCAUACUAAACUAAUAUAACAGCAAACUAAGAAUGUGAGCUCUCCACUAUAGAUAUCAAAGAUGAAGACUCUUGACUAGCACCUUAGAGAUUUCCUAUGUCCUAGAUCCCCAUUAUCAACAUCACAUACUCGGAAGGGAAGUUAAGUCUCUCAAAAGAUAUUUAACUAGUUUGAGUAGAUUUCGACAAACCUGACGGUACAGAGUCCGGGGGGCCACUAAUUUACCUUCAACCAGAAUUCACACUAAAACAUUAUUCUUGUAAAUGACUAGAACAGUUAGUAGAAAUCCUGUGAUGAUAAUAGCAACAAUAGCACCAAUGUAGUUGGCAAUAACUAUUUAUUUAAUUCUAAUAAUAGUGCCUCGGGUUUCACUCUUAACACUCCACAGAAUAAUUUAAAAAUCCUUUAUACUAGCAAUCAGAGUUAAAAUUAUCAGCAAAGAAACACAGAUAACUUUCCUAGUCUUGAGGAGUACAACUCUUAAUUAGAUAACUUUGAUCAUUUGAAAAUAGAAGCUGAGGAUACUAGAACAGCCCUAUUUCCUAGUGAUAAUUAAAAUGAGGAUAACUUAUUAAAUGGAUAUGCUUCUCUAAUGUAAAUGAUCCGUUAAGAUACUGGUAGAAAUACUUUAAAUGUGCUAAGCUCCCCUAGAAUAUUUGAUCCUAAAUUCUAAUCUUCAAAUAUGCCUUCAUCUACAAAUGAUUCUAAAUUAGAGGGUGAUAGGACAAUACUUUAGACUUAUGGUUUACUCAAAGAAUAAAUUAACGUGAGUGAUUAAAGUUUCAACCAUCUUUAAAAGGAAAAAGCUAAAAAGAUUUUAGAAAACCUUUGUAAAACCUAGAGACUAAACUUAGAAAUGGAUUAGAAAUAGAUGGACUAUACCAACCUUAAUCAAACUAACGAGAUUAAUUCUCAAAAUUAAAGCAAGGUUGUAGUUGUCAUGGCCUCUCCAGAUAUCAUAAAGGAAGAUGAGAAGAAAGUCUUUGAAUACUAGAAUUAUCCAAAAACUUACAGGGCUACAACUGCUACUACUCAUUCAAUGGGAUUGAAAAGUCAAUACUCUUCACCAACUGGUUCAUUUACAAAAAGACUUUAGAAGCCACUCUUAAACGGCAAUUAUUCUUUGAAGGGAUCAUAACUCUCAUCAGGUCAUAAGAAAUCAUCUCCGAAGCGACAUUAAUUAGCCUCAUCUCAGUCACCUCCAAGAUUUCUGCCUGAUUUUAAAAUUUAUCAUGCUUAAUUACGGGAAAAGGAAUAAUAGAGAAAAAUAAUUUUAGAGAACAGAGAACUCUAAGGCUUUACUGGUAAACCUGAAAUUAAUAAGAAAUCUUAGUCAAUAAAGAGAAAAGUUGAUGAUUUAAUCUAAUGGAAGGAUAAAGUUUAAAGACGCAUAGAUGAGGAGCAUAGUAAGAGAUAACUUUAAGAAUAGGAAUUGCUCUAGCAAUACCAAACAUAAAAAUUUGUAAAUAAAAAAAGCCAUGAAAUGGUGGACAAGCGAGGUAGUAACAGCAAGGAAAAUGUACUUGAUAGACUAAUGAGAGAUGCCUCUAAUAGAAAGAGGAAUAAUUUAUCAAAAUCCAAUUUAAAGUCAUCAGUUGAAAGUAAAAAGAGCAAUAAAUAAUUAGGAUCACCCUUGAGUGAUAGACAAAGUAACAGUAGUAGUUUGUUAUAGUAAUCAUCUCAAAGUUCUGUUUCAAAUCUAAUGGUUAUUAAGAAUAAGCUCAAAGUGUAGACAUAGAGAUCUUAGACAUAAUAAACAAGGGGAGUUAGUCUUAAUACAAUUCAUGAGAAUAGAAAUUAGCUUAUAUCUCCAUCGAUUUCUCAGGAAUAAUAACAAAGAUAUAUGCCAAUGAUGUCAUCGGAAACAGCUGUAUCCCCUAAUUCUUCUACAAAUUAACAUAGCUCUAACUUCUCAUCAUAAGUCAUAUUCUAAGUUAGCAAACAAUAAACCUCAUCUGAAGUCUCUAGCAACUAAAUAACUCUCAGAGCAAACAAAGAUGCUGGAAUACCUAUAAGCAGUGGAGAUACAACAAAAUUAGUUUUGUAAGAAGGUAAAAAAAUAGAUUAUUUGAAGAGAUUCAUGAGUCACAGAGGUAAUUAGGAUAAGGAAAAGCAGCCUCCUACUGAGUCUCUACUUCCAUCACCUUACAGAUCUAGCCAAUAAUCUUAGCAUUAAUCUCAAGCUCAAAUCAUAAUAAGCUCUAAAAAUGAUAAAAAUAUUGAAACCACUAUUGAUAAGGAUUCAGAGUCAAAUGUAAAGCCUAGUGAUACUAGCUCAAAUCAUAAUACCGUAAGCGCAUAAAGAGAAAUGAAAAGUGCUCUUGACAUUUUGAAAAGCAGAAAUAUCAUUAUAUCUAAAUCUAAUAGUAGCUUCAACUCUUAAAGUACAGUCCCUAUCGUAUCAGCCUAGACUCAAGGUAUUGCUAAGCAAAACUCAGGAGUAGUCAAUUCAAAUAUUUACGGAAUAUUGAAUGGAAUUAAUGCUACUAAUGUUAACAGUAACUAUUUCCCAGGAAACCCUAUUUUGCAAAAGCAAAGCUCAGCUUCACAUAAAAAUUUGUUCUUUUAAGAAUCUACUCAAUCCAAUUUAAAUCAAAGAUAGAUGCUGACUUAGUUUUCAAGCCCAAACCUAACUUAGAACAAUAAUCUCAAUCAAAGUCAAAAUCUAUUUCAGACUUAGUAGACUAUGACAUUUCAAAGAACUAAGGAUCAGCAAGAUGCUAUUAUUAAUAAAAUCCUUGACAAUUCUAACAUUAAUUCUGGCAGCGCUUAUAAGAUGAAGAGCCCGAAUAAGAGUAUAGGGCAUGAAAGUAUGAGGAGCUACAUGAGAUAUUCAGAGAGAAAAGAUAGAGCUAAUACAGCCAAUCAAAUGAACACUGAGCAAGUAAUCUCACCUUUUAAGUUGACAGAUACUAUGGAAAACGCAACCCAAUCUCCCUCUAUCUCGAAUCUUUAUCAACCGCAUUCAGAGGAGCAAACUAUGAUGCAGCUGAGGAAUUAAAAUACAAUGACUUCCUAGUAAAAAACCAGAGAGAAUCUACUAUUUCUUGUGGACUAAAACUCCAAGCUUAAAUGUUUGACUAAGCCAGUGAGUCCUUAAAAUUCUAGUAGUCUCACAGGCUCACCAGGCAAUAGUUUUCAUAAUUUAAAAAACUUAAAGUUUAUGGAUAGGAAUAACUAAUGGCUAGAUAUAAAGAAUAAAAAGCUUGAAGAGGCUAAAAAAGUUGAAGACUUAAAGAUGAAUUAGGAUUGUACCUUUAAGCCAGUGCUUAAGGACAAGAGGUAUGAGUCAAAGCACCAAAGCCAGACAUAGAGAGAUAAAUUGUAGAAUAAUUACUCAAGGUCUAAAUCAUUGAAGAUCAGAGAUCAACCAAUGAGUAGCCCUGACAACAGAAUUAACUUCAAGAAAGUUCAAUCACCUUAAAACUCAGACAAAAACUCAUUGGUUUUGUCUCCAGUUUAAUAAAAGCUACCUUAAGAACAAAAAGAAGUGCAAGACUAAUAGGAAUCCUAAGCAAUUAAGAUUCACCAAACAAAGCAGUAGCAAUUCUCAACUACAUAGUCAAUUUUACCAUUGGAAAGUCCACUUGUUAGUUCACCUACAUAUCAAAGCAAUCAAUAAAUAAAUACAUUGACUCUAAAUCUUAGCUCGUCAUCAGAUGAGGAGUAGCUUAUAGAUGACUCUAUCUAAGUUGAAACUAGAUAGCAGACAACUAUUGAUAACAGAACUUUGAAAGAAUUCAGCAUCCCAACAAAGAGACUAUCUUAUGAUAAUGUGAGUAGGUAAAGUAGUAAGUUCGAGUCCUAUAUGAGUGAUGCUGAUGAAUGGAGAUAAUCUAAGGGAGAGCUCAAGAAGGAGAUAAAGGUACAUUUGACUAAGUUUAUUAGGCACUGA